AUGGAUCCUACUAAAGCGCCUAACUUUAAGCCGACAAACAGUGCUGAGGAACCCUACCCGCCUCUAACGCCAAGCUCUGAAAUUCCUGACCAUGAUCCAAUUGUGCCAUUCGUUGUUGCGGAUUAUAACACGUCUAUUGAUGCGCCAAUCCACCCAAGCAGUUACAAAAAAUUUGUAAGACGCAAUAGUAUUCUAAGCCCUCCUGUUUCGGAUGUUCACGGCUUUACUAGAAUUCCAUUGAAAAAUGGAGAGAUGGAACCUAUUUCUAAUGAUGUGUCUUCUGAUUCUGACGUUGUGGAGACAGAAAACUUGCAGAAUUCAUCAGAGGUUGAAACAGGUAGUUCAACGAACUCAUUUAUAAACAAAUUUCCUAUUGCAGAUUUAGAAGAAGUCCCACAUGGUGUGAUUCGGCAGGCGCGCCAUUUUUCUGAUUAUGAAUUUCCGACCCAUCGACUGCAGCAAAGGUUGCGCAACCCAAAUAAGUUGCCUUUGGUGAUUGUUGCAUGCGGUUCUUUUUCACCUAUUACAUAUUUGCAUCUUAGGAUGUUUGAGAUGGCUUUAGAUGCUAUCGGGGAGCAUACGAGAUAUGAAGUUAUUGGCGGGUACUAUUCACCGGUGAGUGAUAAUUACAAAAAGCCUGGUUUAGCUCCAGCUUCACAUCGUGUAAGAAUGUGCGAAUUAGCAUGUGAAAGAACGUCUUCUUGGCUAAUGGUUGAUGCCUGGGAGUCUUUGCAACCUAACUAUACUAGGACUGCCAAAGUUUUAGACCACUUCAAUGAGGAAAUUAAUGUGAAACGUGGUGGUGUUAAGAAAGCUGAUGGUACCCAAAUUGGAGUCAAAUGUAUGCUUUUGGCAGGCGGGGAUUUGAUAGAAUCAAUGGGUGAGCCCAAUGUCUGGGCUGAUGCAGACUUGCAUCAUAUCUUAGUUCAAUACGGGUGUUUAAUUGUGGAACGUACCGGUUCAGAUGUUCGUUCUUUUCUCCUAUCACAUGACAUUCUCUAUCAACAUAGAAGGAAUAUCUUGGUCAUUAAGCAACUGAUUUACAAUGAUAUUUCUUCCACCAAGGUUAGAUUGUUUAUUAGACGAGGGAUGUCUGUGCAGUAUUUGCUGCCAAAUUCUGUAAUAAGGUAUAUUCAGGAGCACGGAUUGUACUUGAAUGAAUCCGAGCCGGUUAGCCAGGUAAUUGGGAAUAAAGAUUAA